UCUCCUUCCAACAUGGCUCCCUCUCCCUCUCUCUCCCCCCACCCUCCUCUCUCCCACCUCACACUCGCCAGUUCCAGACCUCUCCGACUGGCAACCAGCGAAAGCAUUGUGUCUCCUUGGCGAGGUGAGUGUGAGAAGGAAAAGAUAGAUAGGACAGGGAAAGAGAGAGAGAGACAGAGACAGAGAAAGACAGACAGAGAGAGAGUGAGAAGGGGGGUGAUAAUGACAUAAGGACAGAGGUGGAGGCAGAGAACAUCUCCACACUUUGAGUGCGUCUUUGUUCUAAGAAGCAACUUCUCGUGUAAAAUAAAUAUGCGUUUGGACAAUACGAUCUCAUCAAACUUAAGUUCUUUAUGAAUAUUUGGGACUUUUUUUCCUGAUGAGUAUUUUAAAUGGUGUCAGACAGUUCUGACCUCAGACACUGACAGGCUGCAGUGGAGUGUGAGAGACAUAAAGAAGAAGAAGAAGAAGAAGAAGAAGAAGAAGAAGAAGAAGAAGAAGAAGAAGAAGAAGAAGAAGAAGGAGGAAGAGGAGGAGUAGGAGGGCCUGAAACACUGAGGAGAUACAACAUGUGCGUUCUUAGAUCGUUUGAACUCUGAUGGAUUUUGACAGACAGCCGAGCCACACUGGUUGUCAUAAUGAAUCUACUCUUUCAAAUCAACCCAAUCUUCGGCGGUCUGGGACGUUUUUAACGUUGCAAAGGAUUUUAACCCACAUCCUUUAAAAUCCACGCAGACCGACGGAUUCAUGGAGAGCAGCCACGAGAGACUUCACGAUCACAACCUGGAAGCUGCUGCUCAGGAUGCUCUGUGAGAGAAAUCCACUCAGAAUCCGACCGCGUGGACCACACCGGCUCCGCGCUGCACCCACAGACGACACGGCAGGAGAAGCCCUCCAUUAAGGACUGCGACAUUUGGGUCAUCGGCCCCCUCUGAGACGUUAAGAAGAGAGAGAAUGGAUACAGGCUCACGUUUCCUCACACUCCAGAUACAGCCAGGGAAAGAUGGGUUAUGAGGCCGGGUCAGAGGGCCGCCGUUGCACAUGGAGUCUGGACUGACGACUCUCAUCGUGACCGUGGCAACGAUAACUGAUGGAUUUCAGGUUGACCAAAAAUAAAAGCCAUUGGGGUAAAGCAGCUACAUAUUGCAUAAUCUGCAGGAAAGUGGAGCAAGGGAGAAGGAAAUAAAAGAGUUUCAAGGAAAAGACACGUUCACCUGUUUUGAAAAGGUGCAAAGAGUUCUGUAGGACGAGCUGCAUGGUCCACAGAGCGCGCUGCUCACACACUGAAGACACACGGCUCACACGCUGGGCAGCCGGGACUCACGGGGGAUUGGCCACCAUGAUGGAGAAGCUGAACCUCACCGGCCCACCUGCCUCACCCCCCGACCUACCUCGACCCUUCUCCUCCUCGUCCUCCUCCGUCGCCUCCUCUCCAUCCUGUGUCUCCGUGGAGCAUGGCGGUCUCCUCCACAGCCAGACCGCGGCAUCCUCAGACGCCAUCAGAAGCCCGUGUCCCGCGAACGAGACGGGGCACGGGGGACGCACGGAUAUCCCCUCUGCUGGCUCGAUUCCGUCCCCCAUUGCCACGGCGAUGGCGUUAACCGGUCACCACGCAGACUCAGUUGCCGCACCUGAGCCCAUCGUCAUGGAGACCGGGAAGGAGGAGGAGGAGAAGCGGGGAGGACCAAAGAGCACCACGGCCCCGACUGCCUCCACCAACGGGUCCCCGACUCUUUCCUCUCCACCUCCGCUCCUCCCGGCGCCAGCCAAAAACUCAACGUUCCCCGUACCGCCUCUGACCUCCAAAGUGUCCUUUUCUUUGUUUUCAUCAUCCUCUCCUCUUCCUCCACACAUUCCAGUCAUCAGCCUCGGUCACAGCAAACCCCCCCUCCCACUCCACAAUACCCCUUUGACUGCCCUCCACCCGAUACCCAACCUCCUUCAUGGGCCCCACGGGGACCUUCGCCGUGGUCAGCGGUCCUGUCUGCCCACGGUUGGCCUCGCAGCUUCUGGGGGGCCCUCAGCUCCCUCCCUGGGACCCCUGUUGCCUCAGCAGUACCUGUCUGCACACCCCUUCUUCACCAGUUCUUACCUGAGUCCCUCGGGAGGAAACUAUGGCGUCAUCAGCAGCAGCCGCAUCAAAAGAAGACCCUCGUCACACUUUGAGAUGGAGAUCAAUGACUGCCCUGCGCACUCAGACAGUGAUUAUGUGUGUCUAACAGGCCCUCCUCAGAAAAUCGCUCGCCGUGUCUUCACCAACAGCCGUGAGCGCUGGCGACAGCAAAACGUGAACGGGGCUUUCUCCGAGCUGAGGAAGCUCAUUCCCACACACCCGCCCGACAAGAAGCUCAGCAAGAACGAGAUCCUCCGUCUGGCUGUCAAAUACAUCAACUUCUUGGUCACGCUGCUCAACGACCAGGCCCAGGACAAGGGCAGGGACUCGGCUGAGGACGAGGACGAGAGAGCCGCGGCCGGGUUGGACAGUAAUAAACUGAAUCGUCUUUUUCAUUGCGACGCUCCUCCUCCGUCGGCCGCCGCCCCGCCACCCUCAGCCCGCCCUGCGUCAGUCCACAGAGACAGACACUCAACUGACUCAGUGAUUGCUCUGGCUAGCUCCCCGGCCACAUCCAGUUGCUAUGGCGACACAGACAGUGAGGAGAGCUUCGGGGCUAAGACCUCUUUGGUGACCAACGGCAUCCUGGGAACGGUCAAGGCUCAGAUAAGGAUGGUGGCAGCCACAAAUGAUGAGCGGUGACACCAGAAGACGGCGAACAGAGAUGUGUUAAUGUCACCCUGACGGACAGGACACUCCACAAUCGCUACACACCCAAAGUGUUGAGGAACAAUGUGAUUCUCUCUUCAACUCCCGAGAAGAGUGAAAUAGGUAGGGGGCGGAUGUUUGGAGACAUUUUCGUCUCGAUGUCUUUUUCAAGCGUAUAUGUCUUAAAGCACACUCUAUAUCCAAAUACGGUCACAAUGUUCCCUUGUCAAACUUUACAUGUCUAACAAUGUCAAUAUACGUGGUGAAUUAUGCAAAACAGGAACAGAACAGAAGAAAUACAGGUUCAUGAAUUCUCCUCCCGUACACAUGUUAACCCUCCUGAUGCCUUCGGGUCAAUUUGACCCGAAUCAAUGUUUAAUGUCGGUGUUCUUUCGGUAGUCAACAAACAAACAUAAAGUACCUCACACUUAAACUUGGAAAACAAUAUUAAUUCGAAUAAUUUUCUGGAGAUUUUAAUAGCUGGGGUCAUAUUGACCCCAAGGGUAAAAUAUGUCAGUAAAUAUAAAGGUAACAGGAGGGUUAAACAUUGAAUCGGGUCAAAUUGACCCGAAGGCAUCAGGAGGGUUAAAUCUCUCACAAGAGGAUUAAACAGCAGAUGGCUUGUUGUUGUGGUCUGAGUGCAGCCUCAUACAUGUAAAGAAUCCGCAUGGCCUCAGUACAAUUAUGGUGACGACUGUAGAAUAUUCUGCAAAGUUUCCAGUUUUUAAUGUAGUUGUCUCGAGUGGCGAGGCAGAUGGUACUGCCCCUCGCAUUGUGACACACUUGUACCAGACAGAAAUAAAGUGUGUUUUAGUUUGCUGUU